AUGCUUCUAUCGCUAGCUUGUAAAAAACAGAUAAUGGAGAACAAUUUAAGCCGAAGUGGGAGCCACUCAAGCUCAGUAUGUGAAUUAGAAAAGGACCUAAGCGAUAUGGAAAUUAUGAAAUCUAGGACGAAUCGACGUAACGUAAUGGCUCGGUCACAACCAGCACGAAAAGCUAAAAGAAUCAGGUUUUUUCGAAAUGGUGAUAAAUUUUACUCAGGAGUGAUAAUUCCAGUCUUGCCAGAACGAUAUAGAUCUUUUGAUAGUUUAACUGCAGACUUAACUAGGGUGUUAGUUGAUAAUGUAACUUUACCCAGUGGUGUUAGAACAAUAUAUUCUCUAGAAGGUAGAAAAAUAGGAAAAGUGGAUGAUUUAGAAGAUGGUCAAUCAUAUGUAUGCAGUGGGGUUGGAGAAGCUUUCAAACGGUUAGACUAUGAGGCUAGUGCUGUAACUCCACAAUCAUUUAGGCUUAGUGGUCCUGAGUCACUGAGUGAUAGUGCUAGUCCGUCGCCAGCAAGAGCUAACAACAGGUUGUCCCGAUAUUUGCAAACAAAUGGUAGCAACUCUACAGGCAAUGGGACACCAAGAGUGAGCCCAGCAGGUGAUAAUGUAAUCCGGCCACGUAUAGUUACUAUUAUUAGGAAUGGAGUGAAACCCCGCAAGGUGUGCAGAUUGCUAUUGAAUAAGCGCAAUAGCCCAACUCUGGAACACGCGUUGGCGGCUAUCACUGAAUGUAUCAAGCUCGACACUGGCUGUGUACGCAAGGUGUUCACACAGACCGGCACCCCAGUGACCGCUCUACACCAGUUUUUUGAAGAGGAAGAUGUAUUUUUUGCUUAUGGAAACGAAAGAGUCAACCAAGAAGACUUCGAACUCGAAUUUGAAGAAAGCAAGGCUGUUUUACAAUGUAGGAAAAGUAAAUGUAAUGCAAUAUCUAGGAAUUCAAGAUGUGGCCCCAAGCCGCGCAUGCCGGUGCGGCCGGCGGCGCGCGCGGCGGCGGACGGCGGCGCGGCGGGCGACGGCGACUCGCCGCUCGCCGGCCUGCUGCCGCAGCCGCUGCGGCUCAAGUACUCCGUCGGCAAGAUCAUAGGUGAUGGUAACUUUGCUGUUGUACGAAUAUGUAAGGACAAAACUUCUGGAAAAGAAUAUGCUCUCAAAGUUAUAGACAAAGCAAAGUGUAAAGGCAAAGAACAUUAUGUAGAGGCAGAAGUGCGGGUGAUGAGAAAGCUCUGCCAUCCUCGCAUCGUCUCCCUCAUCGAAGACCAGGAUAGCCCUGAAUGGUUGUUCCUCAUCAUGGAACUCGUCGGCGGUGGCGAUCUUUUCGAUAGUAUCGCAGCCGCAUCUAAAUUUUCCGAGCCGCAAGCGCGCUUGCUAAUAGGCCACCUAACAUCAGCUAUUGCAUACCUACACUCGCUUUCUAUCGUGCAUCGAGACAUCAAACCCGAAAACCUAUUGGUGGAAAUAGGAUCAGACGGCAGUAUACGCGGGCUCAAGCUGGCCGACUUCGGGCUGGCGGUAGAGGUGUGGCGGCCGCUGCACGCCGUCUGCGGCACGCCCACAUACGUCGCGCCCGAGAUACUGCUCGAGACUGGCUAUGGAUUGAAGAUAGACGUAUGGGCGGCGGGCGUGAUCCUGUACAUCCUGCUGUGCGGGUUCCCGCCGUUCUCGUCCCCGGACGGCGAUCAGGAGAAGCUGUUCGACGCGAUCCUGUCCGCGCGGCUGGAGUUCCCCGCGCCGCACUGGGAGCGCGUGUCGGCCGGCGCCAUCGACCUCGUGGCCAACAUGCUGCGCCCACAGCCCGAUCUGCGCUUCGCCGCCGAGGACGUGCUCGAUCACGCAUGGAUGUCGGAUGACUACGAUGAAAUAUGUGAUUUCCGUUCAUGGUACGAUGAAGACUCGUCA